AUGAGGGGCUCUCUCUCCGCAAUUCUCUCGGCCAUGACUCUGCUCCCCACCGGGGCUUUGUCACAGAGUGGAAACUCCCGCUCUCCAGCCAUAUUGCCGCUAAAGGCUCGAGUGCGGCAGCCCGAGGGAUAUCAGCGGCGAAAGCGGCAAACGCCCAACAUCUCGGAGCCGCUGAGUAAUUGGUAUAGCGGUACAGAUUUGCAGGCAAGUUUAGGGCAUCUCCGGGCAGCAUUUGAAGCUAAUCGAUGUACUGUGGUGUUUGAUACCGGCUCAUCGGAUGUCGUGAUUCCAUCCACACAAUGCGACGCAAACCCUGGAUGCACCGGACUGCAACAUCGAUUCGCCCCGGAAAAAUCAGAGACGUUUACUUCCCUUAAUGGUUCAUUCCGAAUUUCAUAUUCUACAGGAACCGGUGUCGUAGCUUCAGGCAAUGUCGAGAUUGAAGGUGUGAUCUCGCGAGAUGUGAUUUCUGUCGCAGGUCUCCAAGUCCAAGACUUCCAGUUUGGUCUUAUUACAAACCAGUCGGCCGCGCUUGGCGUUGAUCCGUUUGACGGAAUCGUGGGUAUGGGAUUUCCAUCCGGCCUGACUACUGACCCGCAUACAUUUCUCGGCGGCGUAAAUGGCAGUGGACAGAUCCCGGAAGCUGUUUAUGGUCUCUACUUGACGCCGCAGUCCCGAGAUCAACUACAUCCCGGUGUUUCCAGCGACAGGGCAAUUCAACGGACUUUCGAAAAAGUCUAUGUUGACAAUACGAUCACCAAUGUGUCCUCCAACUAUGCCAUCUACGAUUCUGGCACAGCGAAUAUUGUUGCUCCAAAGAAUGAUGCUGAGGAAAUUUAUGCAAUGAUUUCUCCGGAUAUUAAGCCCGUCGAUUCAGUGGGAACAUACGGGAUACCCUGUUCAAAGCUGAAAGAUAUCAAGUCGUCAAUUUCUUUCACCAUUGGAGGCCGCAAUUACACAAUUCCUUCCCAGGAGCUCAGCGUUGGGCCAAUCUCAGACCAGCCAGAGAUCUGCCAGACGCUUAUCAACAGUAGUGGUGAUGAAGCGAAAAGCUUGUGGGUAAUUGGUGGCAGCUUGCUAAAGUACUAUUAUACAGUUUGGGACAUAGAAAAUGUCCGGUUCGGGCUUGCUCAGACUUUGCAUUCGCCUUAG